GCCAUAGACUAUAAAUUUCUUUAAUAGAGUAAAUUCACUCUAUUAUCUAUGGUAUAGCCAACCCAUACACUAUCAUGUACUUUAUGAGAAAUGACAGUAGAUAGUACUACAAAAAUUUACUACAAAAAUACCACAAAUAUUACUGUUACUCCUUUUCACACUAGCUAUUACAAGUCUGCAUUGGCAAUAUUGAAAUUCAUGAAAUGCAAUAGUGUCAUGUACACGUCUUGUCCCACCCAGUCUAUUGCAGGUUAUUUCAAAGCAACUAUACUGAUCUGUUGCAAUAAAUUGGUAUUGUGGCAUUAGAGAAGGGCAGAGAGCAGGAAAUGUCAGUGUUUUUAAAGCUGUUUUUGAUAUUUUGCAUAAGUGGCUCCAGCUUUAGCCUUGAUACAGAUGACUUUUAUCAGGACUCUUCUGCUACUACCCUAGUAGAAGUAAGUUCUGGGAGCUCUUUUCCUGAUCUCAGCCUCCCUUUGACAAUUACUAAUAUCAGAGGUCUUCCUAAUGACUCUGCACUUGUAGAAGCUUCAAUUACUGGUGGCCUCUUGUCUCUAAGCCCACCUACCUAUAACAUUGGCUUGCAGAGGCGUACUGCUUCUGCAGGUUAUUCAGGUAGUUCAACUCUUAAGAUCUCUGUAGAUGUACCACUGAGGAAUAGAGCUCUAAAUGAUAUUAAGGCUAAAUUCCCUGCUUUGAAUGGUGAUAGUAUUUACCCAACACAUCUUCUGCUUUUUGAGGUUGAUGACUUAUACUCUGAAGUUUUUAUUAGUGACUAUAAUGGAACAAUUGCUCAGCUAGUACUAGCAACCAAUGGUAGAUACACGUUUGGUAUUGUUCUAAUUGUGCAUGUGUACUUUGAUACCAGCACAUUCACUGGAUCAUAUAAUGAUGAUUUUUCAGAGCUCUUGUUGGAAUAUCCAUUUGCAACUAAUGGUGUCCUUAAUUCUAAUGCAGCCAUGGAUUCUAAUGUUGGCACUUCUGGAAAAUAUGUCAUUGAUUUCAAUGAUGCCCUUCCUCCAGUUCCUGUUUGCCAAUGCAAGAAAAGGUUGGAGGCUCUCGCAUGUUAUACAAUGAAACAGAUGUCUGGAAACAUUCCAUCAUUUUGCAGUCAAUAUAUGUAGACAGCAGACUUUACUACUUUGCUCAUUUUAUGUCUUGUCAAAUUAGAGUGGCUUUUAAUAACUUUUUAAAUGUUGAGAUUUUCAC